AUGGCAUUGUAAUUCGCAACUCGCAAGUCACACAGAUUAAAUAUAUACAAGACGGUGAUACUUCUUCAAAGGAGAAUAUAUCUGAAGAGAUGGCCAACAUUCAAGAAUAUGCAGCAGUGAAGGUGAUGUUUAGUAACAAUGUCCAAGCUACGUUGAGUGUUAAGCUGAUCAACGGAGAUGGAGAAGACCCUGCAGGCGUUUACGGAAAUAUAAAUGGUCGAUUUGGCAUUGGCAGUCAAUUUUCGCUUUUUGCUAAGCAGCAAAGUCAGCGUAUUGAAGUAAGGCCUGGUGAAUUCAUUCCCUUGAGUCGGUCCGAUGUCAAUGUGCCUGAAGAAGCCAAGGAAAUGGAGAUUGAAGCUUACAUAAAUAAGACACAAAAUAAAGAAAAAUUGGAAACUAAUAAUCCCACCUUUGCCACUUCUGCUCAAAACAAUCCCACCUUUUCGAAUUCCCAAAAUAAUCCCACCUUUGACCCCCAUCUACUCAAAAUGAGCCUUUUACCGGUUUGUGAAAUUGGUAACUCAUUUUAGAAGGUGACUUGCCACGUGUCACCUUCUGAUUGGUACAAUUUUAAUUUUUGCAAAUUUUUUUUAAAAAAAAAACUCCCCACCACCGUCCAUCGCAUCAGACACCACCUCCCUUUCCCGGUUUCAUGGGUGAGAUCAGGGUUUGUGGGUGGCCGGGGUUCGUGGGCGGCGAUAUUUCGGGGUGGUUUGGGUUUCGUGGGUGGUCGGGGUUCGUGGGUGGUUUGGGUUUCGUGGGUUGGUCGGUGUUCUGGGGUUGGUGGGUUUCGUGGGUUGGUCGGGAUUUCGAGGUUGGUGGGUUUUGUGGGUGAGAUUGGCGGGGGUGGUUUGGAUUUCGUGGGUGGUUGGGAUUCGUGAGUGGUGGUAAUUUGUGGUGGCUGGGGUUCGUGAGUUUGUCGGGAUUUCGAGGUUAGUGGGCUUCGUGGGGAAAUCGACACUUCGUGGGUGGUCGAGAUUUGUGGAGUGGUGGUAGGAGUUUGUGGUGGCUGGGGUUCGUGGUGGCUGGAAUUCGUGGGCGGUGGUAUUUCGAGGUGGUUGGUGUUAAGGGGGGUUUGUGGGUGGAUGGCGGUGGUAUUUCGAGGUGGAUGCCACUGGCUGGGGUGGUUGGUGUUAGGAGAGAGAAAGAAGGUGGUGGGAUUAGGUGGUGAUGUGGUGGUGCUUAUGGAAGGGUGGUGGUGGUUUUGGUGGAUAGCUAAGGUGGGAGAUGAGAGAUUGAAAAAAAAAAA